AUGAUCAACGGCACAAAGCUGCUCACAUUGGCUGGUAUGACAGCAGCACGCAAAGGCGCUUUGCUGAAGAGUGAGAAGACUAAACACGUGGUUAAACUCGGGCCAACACAUUUCAAAGGCGUCUGGAUUCCGUUCGAGCGUGCCUUGGAAUUGGCGACCGCGGAAAAGGUCGUCGACUUGCUAUAUCCCUUGUUCGUGGAUGACAUCGGGUCACUCGUAUAUCAGACUUUGGAUCAGAAGCUCACGCCUUAUAUCGACUCUCAACCCCAAUUCGAAAACGUGAAGGAAACGACUGGGAGUAGCAAAGCUAGAUCAGCUCACUCUUCUGUGAAGAAAGAGGAGGACGAGGAUUCACAAUUGCUCGCCCUGGACACUGUGCAACAUGUCGAACUCCAGGAGCUAGGAAUUCUUGGGUCACUAUUCAAAUCUCUCACAGAGACGCUGGGACUCAUCAUGAAGGAGUUCAGAAGCCAAUCUAGUGAUGCCGCGCAUUACAUUUCUCUAGAGUCAACCUGCGCGACUUUGUUAUUCUGGGGCACCGACCUUGGACUGCCGCGAGGCGAGCUCGACGAUGUGCUUCAAGGCUCUCCCCAGUUGCGCAACACUUGCCUGGCCGUUCUUGUAUCCAUCUCUCGAUUUGUGAGCACUUCUUUGAUAAACCUUGUCAUCAGUGAACAUCACCGAAAAGAGAUUUUACAGUCUACCGAUUUUGCGACUGCCCUGGAACAAGUCACGGACAUGAUUGGUCGACAACAUGAUUACGCUUAUCAGCCCGAGCAAGACGCGGAGACAAUGUGUCAGACCCUCCGUACGAAGAUUGAUACACUGGUCAUGUUGGCACCCAGCCUGGAAUCGCCGGCGGAAGAAAUUUUCGACGAGGAGAAGCCUCGUACUAUCCAAGACAUUGGAGAAACCCUACCGGAACAAGCCUACGCUAGCAGUGUUGCAGAAAAGUUCCCUUUUGCUCCACCAGAAAUGGUGGCACAACUUGGGAGGUUGAACUGGGAUCGAUAUAAUCACAUCCUUCGUCUGCAACGGGAAGCAAUGAAGCAGGAGCUUCAAGAGACGACUCUCGAAAAAGCAAGAACCAUCUUCCACGACUCUGGUCUGGGUACCUCGGUACCAGCCCAAACAAUUGCGGGAGUAAAAGCAGAACCACUUUACGAGCCCUCAAUGGUGUCGAGCAGGGCUGAGGCAAGUCACAAGCGUGUGCCGCCAUUGCCAGCCCAAGCGCGGGCUGGCGAGCCCUUCACAUGCGAGAUCUGCGAAAAGCAGGUACAGUUCCAACGAACCAAAGCAUGGAAGUGA